AUGAAUUUAUUAGAGGAUUUAGAAAAUAAUGGGACUCAACAAAUGGAUUUACUAAAUUUUGAUCAUCAAGCUAAUGUGAUUCCCAAUGUAGAUUUUUAUAAUGCAAUUGUGGUUAAUGAAUUUAUGAAUAAUCGGAUUGUGGAAGUCAAAGACGGAGACGUAGUGAAAGAGGGAUACAUAACUAAAUACAAAUUAUAUUUGGUUAGAACCAAGAAGUUGGGAGGAGAAUGGGACACCGAAGUAUCCAGGAGAUUUAGUGAUUUUGAGUGGUUGUAUUAGGAAUUGAUUAAUAAGUAUGGAGGAUACAUAAUUCCUGCCAUUCCUGAAAAGCAUCUGCUCACCAAGGUCAAUUUGGCGAGUUAUGAAUUCUCAGAAAAGAGAAGGAAAGACCUUCAGCAGUUUCUGUAAAGAAUACUUCACCAUCAUCAUCUACGAUAUGUGCCAGAAUUAAGAAUUUUCAUUGAAGAUAAGGAAAAAUUUAUUUCCCUAUUGAAAGGUGAAUUAGAAUAAAAUAAAACUAUUGAGUAAAAAUAUGAUAAUCUAUUACAAUCAGUCAAGACCUUAUGGCAUGGUAGUAAUUUGACAGCCAAAGGCUAAGAUCCUGCAAAAAUGUUUGAUGGAAGUGAAAAAGACUUAACUUAUGAUGAAACACUACUCCUAUCCUUGUCUAUGAAAGGUACUAAGUUGAAAACUGUUGUUGAAGAACAUGUUCUUAUAUUGAGAGAAGAGGCAAAAUCAUUAAAUGAUUAAAAUGAAGCUCUUUAUUCUUGGAAUGGAUUAGGAUCUGCAAGUGAGGAGGACAUUUCACAAUUUAAAUAGUUGAAAUAUAACAAUGAAAUCAGGCAAAGAAAAAUCAAUAGAGAAAUUGAAGACAUUGAUAGGAAAUUUAUCCCUAAAUUAUAAAAUUGCUUAUUUGAAAUUGAGUGGGCAUUGACUGCUUGUAAAAGAAGAAGAAAUUUAUAAUCGCAAUUAUUGGUUGAUUAAUAAAGAAUAGAAUAACUCAAAAUGCAAUAUACAGAUAAUUCUAGCAGAAGAGACUUAGAAAUGGAUGUACUCAAAACUAAAUAUUAAAAAAACAAAGACAGAAGCGAUAAAAUGUCCAUUAUAAUGUAAGAUGAGUUGUUGAGUUUCAUCACAGAAAUAAAACAAUAAUUAAAAGCAAUUAUAGAAGAAUGGAGAUCUAUCAUGAAAACUUUAUCUAAAAACAUAAUUGAAGAUGAUAAUGAAUGAAUAAAUUAGUUAAAUACUAUAUUAGCAUAAUAUC